CUUUUGAUUUGAUCACUCGUCCAGGCUCGGGUCAAAAGUGGCAGCAGUUCAGUCGGGGCUCGGUUCCAUUGUGCGCCAGGAGAUGGGUGAAGCCGGCUCGGCGGAUUAAGAAAGAUCGGCGGUCAGCUAUGCGAUUGGGCCAUGGACAGGAACCAGUCGGGACAAGACGGCGACGUCCGCGAGGAGAUACGCGCUCCGUCUCUGCCCCAGCUAUCGUCCUGCCUCAGAAGCAGGAACAGCGCGAGGCGGCAGCAGCUCAAGACGAGGAGCGUCUCCUUCCCGAAGGACGAGAGCAGGAUCGUCACCGGGUACUUCGAGCCCGUCAAUCCCUGGAGCUACGCUGAAAGUCCUACAAAGGAAUCAAUUCUAGUAAAUUACAUCAAAUCAUGUGAAAAACACGGAGUGAAUCCGAUCAGGAAGGUCCUGGAUCAGCUUGAGGAGCUUCCUUAUGGAGAUGGAGGUGAGCGGUACGACUGCCUUGACCUUAAAGGUGAAGCCCUGUUAGUUGGGAGUUGUGAGGCUCUCGAGGAGGUCUUGAAAAGAGUUCAGUUUGACAAACUCAAUCUUGAAGAUUCAGAAUUAGAUGAUGAGGCAUCAGUCGCACUAUUUGACAUGAUUGAAUAUUAUGAGGCCGCAACUUACCUCAACAUUUCAAACAAUCAUAACAUCGGCCAAAGAGGCUGGCAAGCUUGUUCAAGGAUGCUCAAACGAACAAAGUGUCUUGAGCAUCUUGAAAGCAGGAACAACCCUUUGAACGAAUCGUUAAUACAAUUUCUAAGCAGAGCAUUACGACUCGGUACACAGCUGCAAGUUCUUAAAUUAGAAAACUGUUCAUUAACAGGAAGACCAAUUGUCAUUCUUGCUGCUGCAUUAAAGCUAAAUACAACUCUCAAAGAGCUUUAUUUAGCUGAAAAUGAUUUGACUACAAAUGACGCAACACAACUUUCCACUCUACUCAAGUGUAACGUUACUCUUCAGCUCCUUGAUAUCAGUAAUAAUUGCAUAGCAGAUAUUGGCUUUGGACAUUUAUGUGAUGCUAUAUGUGAGCAAACUGGGCCUGCGGGCCUAAGUAUUCUAGUCCUUUGGAACAAUCGUCUCAAGACGGCUUCUUCUCAGCACCUUAAAAGGGUUCUUACUUUAAACAGCACAUUAGAAAUGCUGAACAUUGGCCAUAAUGAUCUCAAAGACGAAUUCCUCUAUGAGAUAAAAGAGGCUUUGGCUCAGAACAAAACUCUACUAAGGAUUGGGAUGCAGUCCACGCAGCUGAAGACCGAAGGGGCUGUCUCUUUGGCUCAGGUCAUAGCUAGCAACCCAGUCUUACAGAGAAUAGAUUUGAGGGAUAAUGAUCUCCAAGUUGAUGGACUUCUUGCACUCUCAGCUGCCAUGAAAACAAACUCCAGUAUUACACAAUUAGAUAUAGAUGACUGUCCAAAGACCAAACUCCAGGGCGAUAACACUGACAAGUACAUGAGCCUUGUUGAAGAAAUGAGGACGUUCUGUUCUCGUAACGAGGCAGGUGGGGAAGAAGUGCUUCUACGAGCCAAACUUGGGACGGCGAUAGCAGCCAGGAAGAUCUCUCUGACCUGUGAUACCUCAUCGUUUACCAGAUACCGAGUACCUGCACCGAGUUCACCCUUGGCUUCGACACUUCUCCAGGUUGAGACUGUGAGAAAAGGGGGUGGCCGGCUAAGAUCACCAGCUCCUUCACCAAUUCCUAGCCCUGUUGCAAGUCCUUCACCAACUCGAACCAGAUUUCAAGUCUCAAAAGUGAGUGAGGACUCACCUCAAGAAAACAAUGUAUUUUUUGGAACAUCAACCAUCGCAGCGAACGCAAGCAGCAUGAGGUCUAGGUUUAGAGUUACGACCGUAAGCGACACCGAUGAUGAUUCACCACCAACUUCCGCCUCGGCCGCCCCACCUGUCCUCAUCGUACGGCCAAGCCCUCCUGUGGUGCAGCCAGUGCUGCAGGAUCCUGCCACAGCAUCAGCGGAUCCUGUGAUAGAUGACCAGGUGAAAAAGCAGGAGACGCCACCAAGAACAAGGAAGCUUUCUUCUUGGAUGAACCCCAUUUUCUCUGAGACGAGGGCGGCCACUGGGAUCGAGAAGCUUUUGGGCAUCUUCCAAAACCCAUUUGGAACAGGUCGAGAAGGGAUGGAAACAACUAAUUCGGAGAGUGCGAACGGUGGCGGCAAUGGUAAUGAGGAACCCACUGGAGAGGGUGCCCCAAGCAGAGGAGCUACUUGGCCUCAGGCCGUAGUUAGAUCUCUAGUAACUUCACCCGUUCAGUCACCACAUUCAACUAGCGCUCCCUCCCUUACCGCUCUUGCUGUCAUUCCUCCCACAGGUUGAAAUAGAGGUUUGACUGACAUACCACGGACCAAGGUGCAAAUCCUCAAAAGAAUAAAUAUUUACAAAGGAACAACUUCACUUAGUUGAGAACACAAAAGAGUGGGAGAUUUAUUUUCUCAUCGACUCAAAGGAGAAAUGAGGGUAAACCCCCCAAAUCCCUUAACAUUUCACUUUAUUUUCCUGGAGUUUUUGGUUUUUCCAACUCUAUCUUUAAGGUUGUAAAAAUACUUAAUAUUCGUAUAAAUGUAUGUAAAAGUAUUUUAGUUUAUCAGUACGUAAUGCAAGGCAAAGAGAUUUAUUACUAUUUAUAACGUGUAAAAGUUAUAAACAAAAAAUUAAGAUAUUAAAAUAUAAAUGUAAUUUAUAUAUAUUGAUUACCUUUCUAAAAGGUAAAAUUGUAUAUUGAACAUAUUGGGUUGAUAUUCCUAGAUGUAUUUGUUUUGGCCCGUUGAAAAUGGCAUUCAUUUUCAAAUUUCAACUGCCUUUUUUAUACACUCUCUUUUGUGUUAAAGUUCAUAAAAUGAACUUUUCCUUUUCAAAUUAUAGAGUAUUAAAACUUUAUUUGUUCUUAAUUUUAAUUAGGGUAUGUACAUAAAAAAAAUAUUUUUUGAGUGAUUUUAUAUGUGAUAGCAACUGUACAAUUAUAAUUCAAAGUGUUAGUAAUUAACAGCGAGAAAUUUAUUAAACAUAAAAUAACAAAAAACACAGAGAGGUUUCAUGUGUUCUUAUUAUUUUCUUUCUUCUUCUGCCUUGUCAAAAAAAAAAAAAAUUGAAAAAUAUUUAUUUUUAUCAAUGUACAAUUUCUAUAUGAUAUAAAUGUAUAUUCAUAAUUAAGAAUUUUAGCAUAGAGACUUUUAGAGUUUAUAAUACAAAAAAAAAACAUGAAAUCUUAAAGAGACUAUAUCAAUAUUUUUAUUAUAAUGAGAUGAUAUAUUAUUGAUAUAUUCCUUUUAAAAAAAUCCAAAAAAAAUGUAGACUAGAAUGUUUCCUUUAAAAAACAUACAUUCACUUUUUGGUGAUUUGAACGUAAAAAUAAUAAAAAUGAAAUUAUAUUUUUACUUAAUAUGUUAAAUGCAUUGUAGUUUUGCCAGUUGAUAAUAUUGAUUUUUUUGAAUAUGGAUCUUAGACGAAUAAGCAAACUAUUUUAGAGAUAUCACUAACAGUGUAUUAUCUAUGGGGUAAUGAUGUUCUCCGUAUUUCUUCUGUGAGGCAGACAUUCGCAUUGAAAGUUUUCUUUGCACUUGUACGUUCUCUGCCUUCCGCUGAGGGCACUGAAGGUGGGAAAAACUAUUGAAAGAGAGAAAGAAAAAACCAGAGUGCCUACUAGACUUUCUGAAUUAUCUCACUAUUUGUAACACCAGUAUUUAAACUAUUUUCAUGGAUGAAAAUGUAGGCUGUCGUGUGACAUUGAUAUUGCCUUCGAGUCUUUUUUGCACUGUUGGUUUAUUUGUUAAACUUUUUUUUUAACACUGUUCUGAUUGAGCAUUAUUUUAAGCUUCUUUUCUGAACACAUUCCUAAUGCAAAAUUUUUUUUUUAAUUAAUAGUUUUUCGCAAAUAUACCUCUGGUUUUUUAGGCCAGUUUGCAAACUAUUUUUCCGCCCACACUGGCUUACCUCAAAGAAAUUUUUUGUUGAUUAAAUUAGUUAAAUUUUACCCUAAUAAUACCAAUUCAUCUUAAAUAAAGUACAAAUGAUAUGCUCGUUACCAAAUAUUUUUCAGUUUAAUUAAGCUAAUUUUUUUCUUAAUAUUCAACAUUUUCAGUUUAAAUUGUAGUUCUAAGAAAACCAUUCUUUUGUACCAUACAAAGACUCAAAAAGACAAAUUUUCAAAAGUCAAAUAAUGAAUAAAUAUUCAAAAUAAAAAGAGGGAUUUUUUUUCUUUUUUAAAUUUAAAUUUUGAAGUAAAAAUACUGUUAGAUAAAAGGUCUUUCCAGAUCAUCUUUUUCCAAGACAAUUCACUACUUAUAAAAGAGAAGUAUGGAUCUCUUUGUAAAAUAAUCUUUUUCAACAUGAUCUUCAAUUUUUUAAACUACUGUUAAGACCUUUUUUCUAUUAUAUUAGCUUUUAUUUUCUUCAUGAGAUAUCAAGAUAAAUGAUAUUUUCAAACUGCAUAUAAUUUAAAGCUUUGCUAGGUUUUCCCAGCAAACAAAUCAUUGUGAAAGUUGUGAACGAUAAAUUUCCUUGUGACAAAGAAUUUUAAAUUAUCUCAAUUAAGUAGAUUUAAUAAGGUAAAUUUCAUUUUCAUCCCCUCUCACUCAAAAGUAAAUUUGUAUUCGCUCAAAGAGCUGGCAAAGCCUGAAAGCAUAAUUUUUCACGGUCACUGAUUAUUUUUUGGCCUUGACAUCAUUUAGCUCUUUUCACUUGCCUUUGAGAGUAUUGACCUAAUGGUUCUUGUUACCAAUUGCUUUUAUUAUUAUUAUUAUUAUUAUUAAUAAUGUCCUCCAGUCCUCCAAAAGUUCCACUUGCAUUUUGCAUUUCAGACCUUUCUGAAUAAAUUUGGUUCCAUGUCUGUGGUCAAUUCCUUGAAACCGGUAAAAUUCUGAAACCAGACUGACCAAACUCUGACAAAUUUUUAUGAAAUUUCCAGAGAUUGUGUGGGUUGGUUUCUAGAUCGUCCUUUAUGAAUUUUAUUUCAAACGGAUUAGCAUAUGCACAUGCACAAAAUGUGAGGAAGCACCCACUGGCAGGCUUGUUUUUUUAAGUCUUUGUUGCCGCCAUUGUACAAGUGAUUUAUUUUUUGUUUUUUUUUUAACCAAUUAUUUCUUCCCCUGUGAAAUCAAAAAUUUAUGUGGAAUUGCUUUGUAAAAAAAAUAUAUAUAUAUUGUAAACUGAGUCCAUCCAGAAUAUGUUUAGUCUCGAGUUAAAUCAAUUAUUAAGAUGUUUUAAUUUUUAAGACAGAACUUUUAUCUAUAUCCUGUUCAUUCAAUUUUAAGUCUCAUCUCAAUGUUUACUGUUGGGUAAUUUUAGACAAUCAAAUUGAAUUUUAUAUUUAAAAGUAAAGGAAAAGUUU